ACGAUUGGUAAACAUGAAGAGAAACAGCAUUAACAGAGUGAAUCCCCUGUAUCCAUUUCUGCCUGAAAAGUACGAGUUUCAAAAGCCGGCCCCUAAGGAUCUGAACCUGAUGAAGAAGAAGAGGUUUGAUCAGGACGUGAGCUAUUCACCAAACCAUAAGGUUGAUAAAUCUGCAACAAAGAAGGCCUUGGAUCAACAUGUGAGAAAUGUAGAAGUACAGGACUGUGAGGCAGAACCUCAACUCAGCAGCAUGUCUGAGGAUAUGUUCAGAGCCUACAUUACCAAUACUAUCCUGAAAUACUUAACUUCUGAAUCGUUCUGGAGGAAGUUGGAAUGGCGCACAAUGAGGGAGAUCAAUGCUAUAAUCACAAAAGUCUUAUGCCAGGCUCAAGCGCAACAAUAUGCAGUGGGUAAGUUACAGGACAUGUCCCAGGAUCUACAGUCGAGCGACAAGUCUGGUUCUGAGUCGAGAGUUGACACUCCAGCAAGAAGCUCCCAGAAAGAAUAUCCCAGCAAGCUUGGAUUUAAUUCCUGUUUAGCGUUUCUGAUUAACAUUGCGCUGAUGGAAUCUAGAGACAGUAUGAAAGAAAUAUUGAGAAACAUGUCCCCCAUAUUUCGAAGAGUACGCAACAGUGUCACAGAAAUAAUGGACAGUGUCCUUGAAGGCAUCACUGAUUUGAUAAACAAUGAAGCAACUAAAAGUGGUCAUGACCUCAGUGAAGCGAGUGAACAUAAGCUUUACAGAAGUGAUUCAGAUGACAGCCAGGGUCUGUUCCAUGAUCCAAUGCUGUUCACACUCGCGGAUGAAUCAGAUGAACAUUUCCCUUUACCACCACCCUCUACUCAGAAGCCAGGUACAGGCUACCAAAGAGUAUCUAUCAGGAGAAGAACAUAUCCUAUCAAAAGGUCCAGCUUUUUAUCAAACAUAUGCUUUCCCAAAAGAGAUAUCAUCUGUGUCCAACACAAACCGGACUGGGAUGAUUCUCCGAUUGGUAGGGAACAGUGUAUGACAAGAACCAAACUUAAAUUGCGAUUGAUGAAACCAUUACCACAAGGUUAUUGUGCAGGAUCUGAUGCCGAUGAGAAAUACAAGCUGCAAAUCAAACCGUGUGAUCUCCCCCAAAAGACCGUCACCAGGGCCUUGCCUCGGAAGGCCCCAGGGGAAUUAGAUUACCUCUUCCGGCCUGCCCCAGGUGCACCGCCAUUGCUGCCCAGGGACUGCGAUGUUGGAGGAGUGGGUUGGAGAAAUGAGCAUGGCUUCAGACUCAAUGAACCAGAUUUAAUCAGCAACCAUCAGAUUAAGCGUUCUGAGGUACGCAUGGACUUGGAGAGAAAAAGCUUUCACUCUCAGCUAUAUCAAAGCCCAUGGCAAAUGCCACCAAGCUCUUUGGACAGGAAGAAGCCGAGCACCCAAAGGCACCAGAGUGAUGAUAAGAAUCACAGCCAGGACAAUGACAAGAAGAAAAAAGUUCAGUUCGACAUAAAGGCUACCAAAGAGUAUCAGCCAGGAGAAGGACACAUCCUACCACAAACACCAGCUGUUAGUCAAAUAUAUUUUUUGACAAAGAAGAUGGCAUCUGUGGCCCCCAGGCCUGGGACUGUUUCCUUUUUCGGACAGGAAAGACCUUGAAGAUAUCCAAACUUAAAAUGCCAGCAGUGAAAGUAUCACCAGAAGACACCCCCCCCCAUAUCCUUGAAAAAUGGAACAUGCUCAUUGGGCAGCCAGGAGCUGAGCACCUACGGUAAAGGGACCAGCGUGCCAAUGAGAACCACAGCCAGGACAGCAACAAGAAGAUCCUACGGAAGAAAGUCAGAUAUUUAACAAAGAGAAAAACACUUUCUUCAUAUAGACUGGAAACUUGAAUAGUAAGUCU